AUGGUUGGGCCAAAAUUAUCCUCCGAAUCCUUCCUUCGCGACUUAAUCGGCGGACGCUACCGCAGAGUGCGGCUAAUCGGGCGCGGAUCGCACGGCACGGUGUGGGAGUGUGAAGACAUCCACACGUCCCUCCGCGUCGCCUGCAAAUCCAUCCCGCACUUGCCGCGCGAUUCGACUCACGCGCAAGCUCCGGUGCGCGUUGACGACAUCUGCACGGAGGUCUGCGCGUUGAAGAAGGUCGGGGGGCAUAUUAAUAUCGUCGGUUUAAUCGAGGUAAUUGUGGACUCCGCCGAGGCGCACGUGAUUAUGGAGUUAGCUCCAGGCGGGGAUCUCUUAACGGAGCUCAUGCGGCGCGGUGCGUUGAGCGAGCCGCUGGCGGCUACAGUGAGCACGGGCGCGCUCCCGUCGCGCGGAAAGGAUGCUUCCGCCGCGCCUGCUUCCGGGCCUGCCAAGACCGGUUCAACGUCGCUCCCUUCUUCCCCCACUAAAUCCAACCUACGUUCCGCUGCCUCCCCCGCUGCCUCCCCCGCUGCCUCCCCCGCUGCCUCCCCUGCUCUCUCGACCUCGAACGCCGCGAGUGCCCCACCUUCCCCACCCGCCUCCCCUUGCACUCCCCCCUCCCCCUUGCGCAACAAGAGCGCGCGACCCUGCAUGUCCGCAGGCCCCUCUUGCGGUUCCGCCUUUCCAUGCGCUUUUUCCGCGCUCGGCGCGACUUCCGCGCGCGGGGCAAGCGGUGGCGCACGCCUUGGCGGAAGCUUUGGCGCGAGCCGUAGCGCAAGCCUUGGCGGAAGCUCGCCGUUGGGGGAAGAUUACGUGGGCGCGGAGCGGCAGAUUGUGGGGGUGAAACUCGCGGAUUUUGGGGUUUCCGCGAUUCUGAAAGGGGGGAUGCGCGAGCUCCGCCGCAGCAGGGGCGCAGGGACGCCCGCGUAUAUGGCGCCGGAAAUGGGCUGGCGGAAGCGGGGGGGCGGGCGCGGGGAAGCAGAGGGGGAGAUGGGGAACCAGGAGAAUGGGGGUGGAAAGGGUCUGAACGCAGGGGUAAAUAACCCUAGUUCUUCAGAUCUGCCCGAGUACGGCGUGAAGGCGGACGUGUGGAGCCUCGGGGUAACACUGUGCACAAUUUUGACUGCCCGGAUUCCUUCCCAUCCUGUAGACUUUUCAAAACCUGAAUGGGAGGGGGUUUCGGCAGACGCAAAGGAUCUGGUCCGUCGGAUGCUGGUGGUGGACCCGGAUCAACGGCUGAGCUCGUUCGAGGUGCUGGAGCAUCCGUGGCUGAACCAGACGGCCGUUCGAUCGUUGGACCCAGCUGUGCGCUGCCCCCACCUUCUCUCGCCCUCCCUGCCUGGCGAAACCAGUGGUAACCAGGUUACACGGAUCGUCUGCGUGUAG